CGUGCUCCUCGGAUCUACCUGGUCAGGUUCCCUGCGCGCGCGCGGGCGGACAGCAUCAGCGCCUUCUCUGCUCGCGAGGAGGAGCCAAGCUCAGCUCAGAUCUUCACCCGGAGCCGCGGAGAAGCGCCCAGACCCCUCACUCCUCCACCGGCCCUGCGCGAGCCCUCACCGUCCCCGAGAGCGCGAGACUCAACACCUUUACCUGUCUGGACUUUAACUUCUGCUCCUGCUCCUCCUCCUCCUCGUUCUCCUGCAGAGUUAUCUCAGGAGGAACGUGCUGAAAUGAUGUCCUGGAAGGCGUGGCCAAUGGAUUCCCGCCUCGUCUCAUUUCUAUUGGUAUCCAGUGUGUCUCUGCUGAGGGCAGAGUACUCCAGCUGUGGAGAGAAUGAGUUCUAUAAUCACACCAGCAGCAGCUGCCAGGCGUGCCCACAGUGCCAACCCGGACAGGAACCGUACAUGAACUGUGGUUACGGUACUAAAGACGAGGACUACGCCUGUGUUCCGUGUCCGGCGGGGAAAUUCUCUAAAGGAAAGUAUGAAAUCUGCCGGCGGCACAAAGACUGCGACUCUCUGUACCGAGCCACCAUGCUGACGCUGGGCACGCCGCACAGCGACGCCGAGUGUGGAGCCUGUCUGCCCGGGUAUUACCUCUUAGAGUCCCGACCGAGAAACAUCUACGGCAUGGUCUGCCAUUCCUGCCAGAACGCCCCGCCCAACACCAUCCAGUGUACGAGAACACAGGCUGUUCCACCAGGACUCGCUCCUGGAGUGUCCUCCUCAACCAGCACCACCAUCUUCCCUCAACCUGAGAAAGAUCCAACAGGGCAGGGUCACCUAGCAACAGCGCUCAUCAUCGCCAUGUCCACCAUCUUCAUCAUGGCCAUCGCCAUCGUGAUGAUCAUAAUGUUCUACAUCCUGAAGGCCAAGCCGAGCGGGCAAGCAUGCUGCUCUGGACAGAUCGUGAAGACCAUGGAGGCUCCGACCACCAAGAUGGAGGAGAAGAAAGAAGUUAAAGAGAGUGUGGUGAUAUUCGCUGAGAAAGACGAGUUCGACAAGCUGAAGCCGCCUCCUCCUAAACCAGUGAAAAGUGAAAAUGACGCGUCGUCGGAGAACGAGCAGCUGCUGAGUCGCAGCAUCGACAGCGAUGAAGAGGCGGCGCAGGAAAAGCAGGGAACCGCCGACCUCUGCCUGCUGUCCCUCGUCCACCUCACCAGAGACAAAGCCUCGUCCAUCGGCACCAUCAACAACAACAACAACUGCAGCAGCAGCAGCAAAGCCAUGGGGAUUCACAGUCGGAGGAAGAAAAUCCUGGAUUUGUACACAAAAGCCUGCAGUGUUGCAGAGGGUCUGAGCCCCAUAGAGCUCCCCUUCGACUGUCUGGAGCGCACCAGCCGCAUGCUGAGCUCCACCUACAGCACGGACCGAGCCGUGGUGAAGACCUGGAGGCAUCUGGCCGAGAGCUUCGGGCUCCGGAGGGACGAGAUCGGGGGAAUGACGGACGGGAUGCAGCUCUUCGACAGAGUCAGCACCGCCGGCUACAGCAUCCCGGACCUGCUGACCCGGCUGGUGCAGAUCGAGAGGCUGGACGUGGUGGAGGCUCUGUGCUUCGACCUCCUCGGAGAACUGGAGAGCGGAGCUCCUCCACCCAGACAGAACCUGACGCUCUCCUCCCGCUGCGCCAGCGUUUAACAACCUGGACCCUUCCCUCGCUCCGAAUCACAUGAAGAAACCCGGCCCACCGGUCCAGGAGACCCUGCGCUGUUGGGCUCAGUUAAAGAGACUUUUUAAUGGUCAGUUCUUCAGGUUUAAUGAUGGAAGAUCCUGAAGAUCUCUUUAAAAUUUUACACAAAUGAGAAAUCUGUCUUAUUUUCAGGGCUUCCCUCAGAACUUUGCUUUGUUUGUACUGAUCCUCACGUCUGAACAGGCUCUAAAACGGUUGUAGAUUCAGCGCUGGACGCCAGUAUUAAGGACAUGAGCGGAGACAUCGGUAUUAUUUUGUUUAAACUGGAGCUGGAGCUUUGUGUGGUUCCUCACACUUUAUUGAAAUAUCUAGACUGAGCAGAAUCACAUGACUCCUCAUAUAUUUUUGUCUCCUGUUUGCUGAUGUGAGAAAACUGGGCCACAGAUCGCUCUGUGUGACUUACUUUUUAGCUUUUUUGAGUAGAAAAACAAAUUAAUUUAAUGUAGGCUCAUUGUUAGGAACAGGCUAAACACAACUGAGCAUCAAGGCCCAAUCCCAUUUAGGCAUGUCCCGAUUCUUGUUAGGCUGGAGGGGUAGGUUAGGAGAUUUUUCAGAUUCAGCACACUUCAAUCCGAGGGGAAUGAGAAUCACUGGUAAGAUGACGCUUCCACAAGUGACCAAAGCUCACAAAUGUCAGUAUUUUCCUUGUUAAAAGUGAUGAUUAGCUCUGUAUGACCAUAGUUUAAUGUGUAGUUUUAAUGUUUUAUGUCGAAAUUCUUUAACAAGCAUAAAAAGGUCUCAACUAGUUCAAGCUAACUUUCCCGUUCAACCUUAAAUGGUGCAACAGAUGGAAGGGGCUUGAGCAUUUAAGGUGGAAUGGUAAAAUAAAAUAAAAUAAAAGCUAAUCAAAGCUAAUUAAAGCUCCUCAUCACAGAUUAAGGAAUUAAUAAUCAUUUCUGCAUAAUCUCCCCCCUCCUUUCUGAAGACAUACAAUAAAAUACGUCUAGAGUUUUUGUGAUGCUACUCUGUAAUGCUGCAUUAGCAGCAGUUCAAAAAGAGGCGGAGUCUGACUUUACGUGUAUCGGAGGAGGCGUGUGCUGGUCUUCACUCCCCUGGUGUUGGAGCAUCACUAGUGAUAGGAGGAGUCCUAAUGAGUGGGUUGGGUAAUUGGCCGCGUAAAUUGGGGAGAAAAUGGGAAAAACAAAGAAAGAAACACUGAAUCACACGUGAGAAUAUCAAUCUAAUACUCUACUUUUAAAAACUGGAUAAAAAUUGACUGGAGUGUUUAUCUAAAAAAAUGAACUUGGAAACUUGGAAAAAGACAAAUCUGUAGUUAAAUAUCGUAAUCAAACAUCGUAACAUCCUAAUUACUUCACAGAUUAAGACGUUUUUCUAAUUUGUAGCUCACGUCUGCAGUUUUUAAGAGUUUCUUGGGUUAGUUUUGGCUCUCAGGCUCAUUGUUCUCAGUUCAGACGUCCAAAUGCCUCCAGUGGUGAUUCUACGUUUGAUUGCUCGCGCUCUGGCUGGUCGGACACGCAGUAAGAUUAUCAGCUCCAGCGUUCGGAGACUCCUCGUAACUCAGCGUGUUCCCCUGUGGCUAGCCGCUGGCGCUCGCUCUAAUUGGCUGGAAUUGGUGGUUUACAGCUCUUGGUGUAAAGUGCCUGUGAUUUCCAGCACCUCAUUAAGUAACAAGACCAAAUGGAAAAGCCAUAAAGCGAGCGGGGGGGCGGCGGGGCGAGCGGUUAACUGUGAGCAGAAGGUAGAAAUGAAGCAUUAAAAGAGCUGAGAUUCUGAGGACCUGGUACCACACAGUGACCCGGACGGCCCGGCCGACCCAGAGGCUGCUGGGAAACGUCUUCCUGAGCUCGAGGAAACAAGUGCUCCUGACUGAAAGCAGACUCUGAGAUUUCGCGUGGCCCCGGGCCGCGUCUGCGUGAACAGCGUGCAGCUUUUUAUCACGUAUUCGCUGGUUUGGUUCGUGUAAACGCCUGACAGCAAGAUAAAGCAGAACUCGAGGAGGAAGAAUGUAGAAAGCUAUCAAAACAUCUGGUUACGAUCAGGUGACCAACAUCUGUACAGACCUGGUCAACUUACCUCAUUAACAUUAUUUUUAUGACAAGAGUAAAAGUUUAGGAAAUAGCAGAGAAACAACCCUUACAGAAUAUGAGUGUAUAUAUAACUUAUUACUGUACAUACUGUAUGCAUCAUGUUAAGAAGUAUCAAUAAAAUUACUUUUAAAAUGUU